AUGGAGUUGAUUUCAGGUUUACCGGAAGACAUAGCACGAGACUGUUUGAUUCGAAUUUCGUAUCACCAGUUUCCGGCUGUAGCCUCUGUGAGCAAAGGAUGGAAAACGGAGAUUCAGAUGCCGGAGUUUCGCCGGUUAAGGAAGAGUACGGGACAUGCACAGAAAAUCCUAGUUACAGUUCAGUCCAAGUUCGAUUCGGAAAAAAGUAAAACCGGUUCACUCGGAAAGGGUGUUAUGGCCAUGACGAACCCGGUUUAUCAGCUGAGUGUAUUGGAAACUGAAACCGGUGUUUGGAGCGAGUUACCGUUGGGACCCGAGUUAUGUAACGGGUUGCCCUUAUUCUGUCAAAUAGCUGGUGUUGGGUAUGAUUUAGUUGUUAUGGGCGGGUGGGCACCCGACUCAUGGAAAGCUUCAAAUUCGGUUUUUAUUUAUAAUUUUAUAUCAGGUAAUUGGCGCCGUGGGGCCGAUAUGCCUGGUGGGGCCCGCACGUUUUUCUCUUGUGCGUCAGAUCAUGAGCGUAUGAUCUAUGUGGCAGGAGGACACGAUGAAGAGAAAAAUGCAUUAAAAUCUGUUUUUGCUUAUGACGUGGCAAGUGACACGUGGAUGCCGCUUCCUGACAUGGCAAAAGAACGCGACGAAUGCAAGGUUGUGUUCUCUCUCGGAGCAACUGGUUUCGCGAGGGUUAGGGUUAUUGGUGGGUAUCAUACGGAGAUGCAAGGGCGGUUUGAGCGGAGUGCGGAGGAGUUCGAUGUUGCCACGUGGAAGUGGGGUCCAGUGGUGGAGGAUUUUUUAGCUGAUGCCACGUGUCCAAGGACUUGUGUGGAUGGUUGUGAUGUGGAAGGGAGAAUGUAUAUGUGUAAAUAUGGUGAUGUGAUGGUAUUGGAAGGUGACACGUGGAAGAACGUGGCGAAGGUGCCAAGUGAAGUAAAAAACGUUGCGUGUUUAGGAGCUUGUGAUGGAGCGUUGUUGUUGAUUGGGUCAAGUGGGCUUGGGAAACCUUGUAUGGGCUUUGUGUUGGGCCUGAAGAGUGGUGUUUGGACUAAAUUUGAGAGCCCAGAAAACUAUUCUGGACAUGUUCAGUCUGGUUGCCUUUUGGAGAUUUAG